UGCUGGUCCCAGUCUGUCCCCAGUCUGGUUCCUAGUCUGGUUCCUCAUCCAUCUCUCUGGCAUCGACUCACCGGCCUGUUGCUGGACAGGCUGCGCGCGUCAGACCGCUGCCCCUCGCGCGCCUAUUCGCUCCCAUCGCCCGCAGCCUGCACCGCCUCUCAUCCUCCAGAAGAAGCUGGUUGAUCGGCUAACACCCCGCUAACACCCCGCUAACACCCCGCAGGUUUUUGCGAGCAAAGCAGGGACAUCAAAGCGGCGACAUGUCUGAGGAGGUUGAAGGAACGAGUGCUUCGGAAGAGCAGCAGGAAAUGGAGGACAAAGUGAUCAGUCCAGAGAAAGUAGAGGAGGCCAAACUGAAGGCCAGGUAUCCUAACCUGGGAGCCAAGCCUGGAGGCUCAGACCUACUCAGGAAAAGACUACAGAAGGGGCCAAAGUAUUUUGACUCUGGCGACUACAACAUGGCCAAGGCGAAAAUGAAGAAUAAGCAGUUGCCAUCAGCCCCGACAGAGAAGACUGAGAUCACAGGGGGGCACAUCCCAACACCUCAGGACCUGCCUCAAAGAAAGACUUCAAUUGUGGCCAGCAAACUGGCUGGUUGAUGGUUUCAUGUUUCACUCCUUUGUUUCCAUUCCGACACCCACUUCAUAUCUACCUGCUGUUUACGUUUUUGUUUAUUUUUCACCUUUCUAUGUAUUCUCCAAGAACAAGUAAUGUACCAAGCCAAAUUCUUGCGGAAAAAGUGGAAACUGUCAGGCAUUGGAUUGUCAGUGGGUUGAAUCAAGCGAAAAUAAGUAACUGAAAAUGUUUCUCAAGAUAUUAAAAAAAGACUGAAUGAAUGGUAAUUGAUUAUAAAAAAAAUAUUAUAAAAAAGAAUAGAAGUUAAUGGUGUAAAUGUAUCGCAUAACAUUUUCAAGUUUAAGGAUAUAUGCCUCCUAUAAUUUGCUUGUCUAACAGCAGCUUAAGAGCCUGCGCAGAGGAAUCUUGUUCUGCCACGUUACUGAUAAUUACAGAGGCAAAAAUACUUGAGUUAUGACCACAGACAGUUUGCAUUGAUGUAUGUAUAAGGUAGAAGUGAGAUUUACAGAUAUGCGUUUCAGUUUGAAAUAGUUUCGAGUAUUCGGCUGCUCAAAUGGAGGCAUGUCUGUUUUAAAUAGUGAAAAGUAAUGUAAUCUUGCUUUUUCUGUUUUCUAAUUCGUCAUUGUUUGUGUCCCCUCCUCUCUAUAUGAAGCUGUUUGAUUCUGUGCUUUCAAAGUACUGACAAUAAGAUCACACACACUUUAUAGCCAGCUGUAUUUUAAUUCAUUUUAGUGACAUUUGUUUGCAAGGACUUGCUGCUGGUCUCCAUCUCAUCCUAACCUCUAAAAUGGCCUUAAAAGUUAUGAACCGUUGUUCCUCUUGAGCAAUAUUUGCUCCCUCAUUGAGAAUCUUAGUUAUGAAUUUUGCCUGAAAUGUCUGUCACUGUCUGACUGGAAUCACUUAGGAUUUUAUGGAAAGAAACUCCCAUGACGUGUCUGGAGUGUGCAUGUGCAUUUACUGUGCAGUCACACUGUGCCAUUUGUUUUUGUAAAUAAAAUAGUUUUGCAUAAUA